AUGGCCAAAUACAUCCAACCGUCUACCAUCCUUGGUCAAGCAUACCAGAUGAACGGCUACAGCCAUGCUGUAGUCCUCCCUCCAAACGCGCGUCUGGUAAUUGCAUCCGGACUACCAGGCUUCUGUGAGAAGAAGAUGGGAAUUGUAACCGCAUCUCCGCGCGACCAAAUUAUUGCUUGCUUCGAUAACUGCGAUGUGGCGCUCAAGGCAGCUGGCGUCACGGACGGAUUGCAGUCUGCUCAUAAGGUUCAUGUGUUCAUGACGGAUGUCAAGGAUGAACCUACCGUCAUGGCUGUUUGGAAGGAAAAGUACCCCGAUCACCGGCCGACGUGGAUGGGGCUUGGGGUUAGUGCUUUGUGCGCGCCGGGAAUGAUUAUUGAGAUUCAAGUUGAGGCUCACGUUGUCCCCGGCAGCGAGGGCAAACUUUGA